CAGUCUUUCCGGUUUGCUGGUCUUCCGACACAUCCCUUGACAGAUUGUUGUUUAUUUUAUUCACCACCGGUCAGCCUGAGAGGGGUAAACAGCGACUGCUUUCUCCUUAUGGGUCCGGACAACCCCUUCUUUAUUUUUAAACAUGUAUUGUUGCUAAUAAGUCAGUAGGUAAAGCUACAACAUCGGUUUAACCGGCAUGUGGAGAGUUCAAGGUUUUGUCGGAAGAGUUCUCCAUCGGUACCAUGGCAGCAGCACUCUGCGACUCCCCCAGAACCACCAAGUGGAGGACGAGGUCAUCAGCGGCUCAGCUUCUCUCUCCACUUCCCGACACUCCUUCGACAACAGAUCCCGGGAGGAUGAUGGGGAGAGGAGGAAGAAAGAAAGGACGUUUCAGUUUGGGUAUGCCAAACUUCCAAGUUACACAGCUCUGGAUGCCGUGGAAUGGGGAGCAGCGGCGGUGCUGUUCAUGCAGAUCUGCAGAAGGAUCCACUCCAGGUUUACUUCAGGCACCGAGCCCAGUCCUAGUCCUGGAACCCUGACAGCUCCCUCGUCUCUGCAGAAAUGCGGAUACCACAUCCUGCUGGAAAUUUUAUCGAGACGUGACGUCCUGCCCAGAGGAAGAAAUGUCUUGUGUCUGCAGGCUGUGCCAGAGAGACAGAAUCACGAUCAGCCCCCAUCUCAGAGCAGCAGCAGCGACGCCACUGAAAGUUCCCUCUCUGACCACCAGGUGGAGCACCUGGGCAACAAUUCACUGACAUCUGAGGAGCCAUUUUCGAGUCCUCCCCUGCAGACUGAGUUCUGCACAGAAAACAAAGACAAGGAAGUGUCAGAUAGAGAGAGGGUGACAGAAGCAGCACUCAACCUCAGAAAUGUUGGAGACACCAGUGUUCCUGUAAUCCUCAACAUAAUAGGUCUAGAAAGUGCCAAGAGUGAGAACUAUGAGGAAGCUUUCUGCUGCUUUCUAGCUUCAGCUCAGCAUGGCUACAACAAGGCGCAGUUUAACACGGGUGUGUGCUUCGAGAAAGGAAGAGGAGUCAUCAAGGACAAGGAGAAGGCUCUGCAUUACUACAAGCUUGCAGCCAUCAGUGGCCAUAAACAAGCUCAGUAUCGCUAUGCAAAGCUGCUGCUGACCAGCAGGGGGCAUCAGAGUAUGGGGGAGUUGAACAGCGCCAUUAGGUUCCUGGAGAAAGCAGCUUCAGAUGGGCUCACCAAGGCUCAGAUGUGCCUGGCUUCUUUCUACUCUCAGGAUCCUGUCAAAAAUGGCUGCAAGUCCAUUCAGUAUCUGAAGAUGGCAGCAGAGAACGGAGACAACUCUGCCUUGUUCUUGUUGGGUCAUUGUUAUGAAAAUGGUAUCGGGGUGCAGCAGAAUUUAAAGACAGCAAUUGAGUUCUACAAGCGAGCCGCACAAGCAGGAAACAAGCAAGCAAAGAGCUUACUGAUGCCUCUUGAUAAUUCGCACAAGGAUGUAGCGAUGCGCUCCAUCCGUUCAGCUCCAUGCUUCUCUUCGGUCGACAGCUGGCUCCAGCCGCUCUCUUCUCUGGCCAGUCGUGUCCAGUCCUCCUCCGCCGCUCUUCCUCUCCUCCCUCACUCCUGGAGCACCGGCAGCCUGUGUGCACCUCCGUCACUGUCCUCCGCACCUCUUCACCUCCAACCCCCCGGCACAGAAAGGGGAGUCUGUCAGUGGACUGUAGGGAUAGGAUAGGCGGCAGUAGCCAAAACGAAGCCAAACGACAUGUACAAGGAAUGUAUUUUUGGGUUUGAGUGUAACGUCACUAAAAGGAAAGGGUCAGUGUGUUGUGUCUGCAGAUAGCGUGAGGUCUGAAUGUGUGUUUUUUUUUUUAUUUUAUGUCUGAAAGAUGUCUAGAAAAUAGUCUGACAAGAAAAAAGCUUUUAAUUGUUAUGUGAAGACUCUUAAGAUCUUUUAUUAUAUUCCCGCACAAGUAUGGAGGAUUCAUUCAAAAGAACUACAAAUCCAGGAAGUUUUCUCCUUUUUUUGUAUCACUGUCAUAUUUCAACCAAUAACCUUUGUGAUUAAGUAGUGUCUCUUAUUGUAUAAUAACCAUUUCAGAACUGUUCUCUCAGCCAAACUGUUAACCAGCCAUGCCAGUGUGAAUUUUGAGGAGGUUGUUCCUCUGUGAAGCGCACAUUUCAAAGUAAAAAUAAAAAACACAACCGAG